AUGUCGUUAAGUUCGGAUAUAUGGAAAUGGAGAUAUGAAGCGGAUGGUGUCUUUACUGUUGGGAGUAUAAAGUAUAUCUUAAGCUCCGUUGGUCGUAGCAGCCCCGAAAACGUAUUUGAGUGGAAUAGUUGGGUCCCAAAAAAGGUUUGUAUAGUCGCUUGGAGGGCAGAAAUGGAGAGGCUUCCGACCAAGAGCGCGUUGGCAAGGAGAAACGUUCCAGUUCCGGAUCAAUUAUGUGUUCUUUGUGGUGAUUAUGUUGAGUCCUGUGAUCAUGUAUUUGUAUCGUGUCACUUUGCACAAACGGUAUGGCAGAAUUUGGCAGCUUGGCUCAAGAUGCAGCCGGUCAUAGCAUUCGGUAUAAAGGAUCUCCUCACUCUUCAUGCGUCAAUAUCGGGCUCAAGGAAAAGGAAAGUCGUUCAUGCUAUUGCCUUGGUGGCUUUUUGGUGUGUAUGGAAGUUGAGGAACGAUAUAGUAUUCCGGCAAGCGGCACCAAACAUUACGAGAACCUUGGAUGAGAUAAAAUCGAUGGCAUUCCUAUGGAUUAAGAGUCGUGCAAAACUGAAUACAUUGACAUGGGAGGACUGGAGUCGGUUCAAUUUAGGUGUCAUGUAA